AUGUGUCUGCCCAUCCACUUUCGGGAGCUCGCUCCUCCCUACUUCGAAUUAACCUCUCACGCGUUCGGUACCGACAUUCCACCAGCCCGUGUCGAUAACACGUCCUUGCACCGGGAUCUUCAAAGCCAGCGUCUCGCAGGCGCUCAGAUGUAUAGUACUACGAGGUACAUCCGUUUUAUUCACCUGUACGCGAAACUCGUGAGACCGGCGAUGUCCAUGUCGUCAAGUGCAAGUAUGCCAUUUCAGUGGUGUUCCAUGGGAAUCAAUUACUUUUUGUUCCCCUCCGUACCCGUGCAUCUGGCAGUCAUGGCAACGCUUGCUGCCGAUCCUACGUUCAUUGAAGGCUUUCUAGGAAUGCUGCAAAAGCUCGGCAAUGCAUACCGGACAUCGCGAUCGUUCUGCAAUAGCACGAGAGAACCUGAUGUCCUUAACCUUUCAGUAGCGGCCAUGGUCGUCAUGCUUUACGAUUAUGUCCUGUCUUUUGAGGAAGAGGUUGAAUAUAUGUGGAGAGGGCGAUUCGUUUGGCCGCGUCUUCUCUUUUGGCUGAACAGAUAUUGGCCUAUGUUAAACUUGAUAUACGACAACAUUUCAUUAUCAACAACGUACAUUGCAGAUGUGCCGAUGCACAUUCUGGUGGAGAUGGUUCAUGUACGCGACGAUCAUCACCAGGAUUUCAAUAUCCGGUAG